AUGAUACCAGUUAUUAAGAAACUGAGUGGGCUGUACAACUGGUAUGUGUUAGUGAUUCUAACAUUGGGUUAUCUAACUGCUGAGCUGGGACAUUUUUUGAUUGGUGUAACUUCCAAAGCUACAGCAAUAGAUGUGCCCUAUGGAGACAUAGCAUGUCAACUGAAUAAAACAGAACCGCAUUUUAACUGGACUCUUUCUGAAGCCUGUUCCAAUGCUUUAAAUCAUUCUGCAUGUGUUGAACUAACACUAGAAGAUGGUGAAAGGUAUUGUGAAUGGAAUAGAAAUGGUCUCGGAAUUGAAUAUCAAGUAUUAGCAGGACCAAGCUUUAUUGCUGUAUAUACAGUGGCAGGUGUAUUUCUUGGUAUUGCAGCAGAUAAAUAUAAAAGAGUUCCAAUGCUAGCAGUAUGUGUAUUUAUAUGUGGAGCCUCGGUUACUCUUAUUGGAGCUACACAGCAAUAUUGGCAACUAAUCUUACUAAGGAUGAUAUUUGCUGCAGGGGAAGCUGCACUUAAUCCAAUGUCUACAGGUAUAUUAUCAGACAUGUUUCCAGAGGACCUAAGAGGAUUAGUUAUGUCAAUCUUUAAUUGGGGUAUAUAUGGUGGUAUUGGGCUAUCUUUCCCUGUUGGCAGAUACAUUACAGAAUUAAAUGCUUGGGAUCUGGGCUGGCGUUUGGCAUACUAUGGAAGUGGAGUAUUUGCUCUCAUAAUUGGUUUGCUAAGUGCAACAACACUAAAAGAACCAUCUCGUACAACAAUUGGAGAAGAGCAAGAAGAAAAUCAAACAGCAGAUGAAAAAAAACAAAAGGAGACGCCAUGGAAGGUUAUGCUCCAACCAAGAUUUAUAAUGUUAUGCAUUGCUGCAUCAAUUAGACAUACAGGCGGUCUUUGUUUUGCUUACAACUGUGAUCAGUUCUACAGAGAUACUUUCCCUCAUGUUGACCUAGGAGCCUGGUUGUUUUUUGUAACAUUUGUAAUUGGUGGAGUAGGUGUAUUGGCUGGAGGAUAUGCAUCAGACAAAAUUGUUGCAAACAUGGGCAUAAAAUCACGAGUUGCUGUACUUGCUAUCAGUCAGCUUAUAUCUACACCUUUCGCAUUUGGAAGCAUAUAUAUGGGACCAGUAGGAGCUAUGAUAACACUUGCCAUCUCAUAUCUCUUCGCUGAGAUGUGGUUUGGUAUUUUAUUUGCUGUACUAGUUGAGAUAGUGCCACUUGCAGUAAGAUCAACAACAGUAGGCGUUUUUCUUUUUGUAAUGAACAAUAUUGGAGGAAACCUACCAAUAUUGAUGGAACCAGUAAGAAAAGCAACGUCCUUCAGGGACUCAUUAGCAAUUUUUUAUGCAGGAGCAUACUUAAUAAGUUCAAUACUGUUUGGUAUCACAGCUUUAAUGAUGGGUAAGGGAAAACAAGCAAAAUCAAAUCCAGCACAAAAUAUGGCAGGUGUUGAAAAUGGUGGAUUUUCAAUCACUGAGCAAAUAGGAAGUCAAUCUGAAAUUAACAAAGUCACUGCUAGCCACUAUUUAUAA